AUGUCGUCACCCUUCUUCAUCCCGGUCGAUAUUGCUCAUACCGCAUUACUUCUUUCGGACGUGCAAACGCAAAUCUUGAAGAGAUUCUCUCCCGAAAUCCAGAAAAGCUACAUGGAUAACAUCAAAACGCUUCUCGAACAUUUCAGAACUGAAAUCUCCAAGCGCCGCUCUGAUGAAGCUUCCGGAGACGGAUCCGCCCCUUAUGAUGGAGUGCCUCUCAUUGUUCACCAUACACUGCCCUUCAACAUCAAUUCCAAUGCCUUUGUUUCGCCUUACAACAAGCUAAGCAAAUGGGUUGAGCAGCUUGAGAAGGCAGGGUUCUUUGCGAAUGCACCCUCAGAUCCACACCAUCCGCAUUAUGGUAUCCCAGCCGAGAUAACGCCAGCGGACGGUUGGGGCAACAAGGAUGAGAUUGUCUUGGGCAAACUGCAGCCGAAUUGCUUUGGUUCAUCAGACUUGCUGGCAUAUCUACGGGCACGUGGCAUUAAACACAUUGUAUUGGUAGGCCUGACAACAAUGGGAAGCAUCUUGGGAUCGGCAAGAGCUGGUGCGGACCUGGAUUUCCACAUCUGUUGCGUGGAAGAAGGAAUUAUGGAUGACGAUCCGGAGGUGCAUAAUUUUUUGAUGACAAGGGUGUUGCCCAAGUUUGUGGAUAUAGUCGGCCUUCGGGAUGUUCUGCAGCUGUGA